AAGACGCUGACUGACAGGGAUUUGUUUGAAAAUGGCUGCCUUUCAGAGUCCAGAUGCCAUUGGCGGUUCUGUAUUGGAAGGGCUUGUGGUACAAGACCAUGGUGAUGAACAGUUUGAAUUUGAACUAAAAAUUGACAACUCUGCUGAUUUUGAUAUGGAGUCACAACAUGACGAAUCAGGAGUGGUUGAUGCACAAGACAUACCUAUGUUGUCCGAGGGAGAAAAUAAACUAUUAAGUUCUAUGGCAGAAAUUCAAGCAGACGGUGUGUCUGAUACUGGAGGUUUAGAUGAAUCUCAGGGGAACUACUCCAUGAGUGAAAACGUGGCUAAUGAGGAGGGUAUUGAACUGCAGUUGACCUCUGACCUAGAUAUCAUUAAAAUUGACACUGAAGAAAUGCCACCUGUGCAAGACUUUUCAAAUUUGGACAUAAUACCUCAAGAUAAGGAUAUCACAAAUAUGGUGUCCAGACCGGAUGUUGUUCCUGACACUGAAGCAGUCACUGCAGUAUCUGAAGAUGUAAUGUGUGAACCUCUUUCAACUGAAGAAAUACAUGUUCCUAAGUUAAAACUAGAUAACCUGGAUGCGAUACGAGAAAAUGAAAUGCUUUCAGUUGACAGUAUUGAAAUUGAUGAAAAGCCAGUAGACGAGGCAGAAUCUAUUUCUUUGGUAGAUUUAAUGAAACAGCAAAGAGAUGAAGAUGAUUCCUCUGGAUCAGAAUUUGACUUUGAUUUACCGCCUUCAGCCAAAGCAUCAUCAUCUGAUACAAAAGAUAAACCUCCAUCACCCAAUAAAAUGUCCAAAGCUCAGGCCCCCCCUCCUCCUACUGUGGCAACGGCCCUUCCUCCCUCCACGAUACUAACUCCACCCUUUACAUCCACCACAACUGCCCCAGUAGUCCAUGACACUCCAUCAGAUCCAGGUCAGGGGUCAGAGGUCAAGACCAAGGUGGAUGAUGGCAAUAAGGAGCACUUCACUUCGGGCAGCUACCCGGUCAGUUUUAAACAGGCUUCGCUCACAUCAAAUAUAACAAUGAUAGCCAAGCCUCCAUUGGAGGAACAUGUUUCUGUGGAACCUAGAGACGACAUCCAGGAGGAGAAACAUAAUGAAGCAGAUCCUUCACAGCAAAUGGGUCACUUCGCUCAUUCACAUGCUCAGAAUGAAUGGGACAAUGUUCAAACCAUUGAAGCAGGUUUCACAGAUCCAAACCUCACUAAAGGACCAGGAGGAGUUAAGAUGACCCCCCUCAUGUCUUACACGGAACUAGAGGAGACACUUCGACCCAUGGACUACUCUAGUGCAAUGCAAAACAUCCGCCAAACUGUCAACAGACGUGGGUUUUCAGCUCUGAAACACAUUUUAUUUGGACCGCCAAAACUAAAUAGAAAUCUUCUUAAGGAAAAGGAAUUCGUCUUCUGUGUAGCUGCAACCCCACUGAAUAACAAUACCAUCGUCCACACUCGGGCCCUUCAAACGAUCUAUAGAUGUCUUACCGGCUCACGCUUCGAUUGUGGCAGGUUUGGGCCACACUGGGAAGAAAUAGGAUUUCAAGGUAACGACCCAUCAACUGACCUUCGUGGAACAGGCGUGCUUGGAUUACUGAACCUUGUGCAUUUACUAAGGAACCCGAAACGACAGUCUUUUGCUCGAGACAUCUAUAAACUUGCUCUUCAUCCUACUCAAAAUUUCCCGUUCUGUGUGAUGGGGAUCAACAUGUCGAGGAUAGUUCUACAGGCACUCCGGGAAGACUGUCUCAACAAGGAAUGCAAUAAAAGGCAAGAGGUGUUAGGAGUGGUCAAUGACCUCUACACUGCUCUAUAUCUGGAGCUGUACCAGACAUGGAAAUCUCAGGGAAAGACAAUCACCGAUUCUGGAUAUGUUAUCAAAACACUGGAGUCGAAAGCUAAGAAAAACCCACAGCGUUUGAUAAAGGAUAUGGAAGAAUACAUCAAUCGCAAGAAAAGCUCCAUGAAUCUAGACAAUAUGGAUGUCGGCGGGGAAAACUUCCUGAGCGUAUGUGACACGGAGGCGGGGCAAUACUGAAUGGAAACGGUUCUAAAAAAACAAUUUUACAUUCCAGGAAAAACCUAGGGAUCCUCCCUUGCUAGGAAAUAUAUGUUGAUCUGUGUGUAAGCAAGCAGAGCAUAAUACUAAAAAAAAAGAAUUAUAUUAAAUAAAGAAAUCGAUUGCGAGGGAGGCUUCAUCACCUUGUACAGGGAUUUCAUUGUGUUCAUUAGUAAGAUAAAAGUUUGAAAAAUCUUGAGGAGCAGAAUAUGAGAAUUAGAUCAAUGAUCUUCAAUUUGGAGAUAGACUCGUGUCAUUACUAGCUUUAACAGAAUGGUUGGUUAACUCAUUCUAUUAUGUUUUGGUAUACCCGGCCAGUAGUAUGCUGGCUUCCUUGACUAUGGGAUGCUAUACAUAAUAACGACCACUAUACCAUCACCUUUUUUUGCCUGGUUGUAAAAGGUUGUGUGGCACGAAGAGUUAUGCCCCUUGCAGAGGUAGGGGGCGGGGGUGGAGCUGUGCAUUCUACUUUCAUUUAAAACUUCACUUUUGCUGCUUUCAUCAUGUUAGGAAGGAGAAAAAUUAACAUUUAUAAAAAAGCUCAGAUCAGAACUUUAUAACAGGUGCAGUGGUAUCCUUUACCUUAAGUCAUUAACCCCUGAAAUUUAAUAAUGAACUAUUCCAACCUUUGAAUUGGAAGAGUUCAAAAGUGUCUUCAAGGGUGAAUGAGUUAAAUGAAAAAGUAGAUUGAUGUCUGCAUGACAAAAAUUAACUAUAUACAAUACAAAAACUGCGGGCCUUCACUGGUCUGAACUACUCGGUAAAAAGGGCCUUCACUGGUCUGAACUACUCGGGAGUGAAGCGGACGUAAAACCUAUCAAUCAAUCAAUCAAUCAAUCAAUCAACUGUUCAUUUGACUGAUGAGGGUGACAGUGUACAUAUCAUACCAGUCAUCAAAACUUCACACACAAUCACAUCACUGGCUGUGCUUUAUGAUGUUGUAUACAACAUUUAUGUAUAUAUAAUUGUGUUGAUUUUGUUAUCAGGCAAUUCUUAAAGUAACAAAUAAAGUGUCAUCAGUAAGUUAGCACCGUUCUUUAAUAAAAAGGUUUCUUACACAGAAAAAAUACAAAGUGGUAAUUGAUGAAGUAGGGGUGCCUAUUUUGGUAAUACAUAUGUAUCUGUAAAUAGAUGUUAGGAGAUAAUAAAUGGUCAUGGUCACUCUACGUCCAAGCUACUGUUGCUAUUUAUUUUGUUAUGUUCUCAGAGUCACUUUGUGGUAGACAUUUAUUAAGAGGAGAGUAAACUUGAUAUUAAAAACCUCUCUGUAAAGUAUUUUUAUUGAGAAUUCAAGUAUAAUACACUACAAUAGUUGUCACUCUUGAAAUGUCAUUCACUAGAUAGUAUGUUUGUAGCUUACUUGACACAUACAGCGUAAGUUGACUUGAAAUUGAAUGCAAUGAUUAGAUAACGUUUAACUUCUAUAGAAUCCCAAAUAUGUGUAACUAAUGUGGGGCUUUUAUUUAAUUGUUUUAACUCAUUCACCCCUGAAAUUUCAUAAUGAACUAUUCCAACCAUUGAACUGGAU